AUGAGCAGGCUUUGCGUGCCAGAGAGCAAUCAGGACAAAGUGCAAUCAGCCGCCACGGUGAAGAAGGACACAGCCUUCUACGAGCAGAUCAGCAAUCUUGUUCCUUGGCAACUCCACAUGGUGCAAAUCGCCCGGAACCCGAAGGUGAGGAGACUUCCUCCCAAUCUACUUGCAAGCGAACCUGUUCAGCAUCGAGCAGCAGCACUGUUGUACAACACUGGCGAGAUCGGUUUGGAGUCGGAGGAGGUAACUGGUGUUAUGGAUACACCUGGAGCUCGCUUCGAGACACCUGUGGCCUACGCCAUCUUCAUCUACGGCGCGGCCCCAUCAACGAGCUACAACCCGGAGGAGGACAAGAAGCCUGAGGCCACUUUGGCUAAGCAGCUCCCAUCUCCUGAGGAGAAGCUGCAACCACAUCAACCAGGCUACAAGGACAUCACCUUCCCGGAGGUCAGUGAUGCAGCGGUUCCGCAAUGGAUCCGCUCGGCAAUGAAGCUUUGGUACGACAUCUUGCUCAAGCUGGUGCAUCAGGCCCAGCCCUACAUGGAGCUCGACAUCUUCGAUGUGGAGUUUGUGUACCAGGCCAGGCGAUUCAACGACCGGCUGAUGCUGGAUAUCGUGUACACCAAGGACAUUGCGGGCAACACCUACUGCUUCCUCAGCCAGGUCGACGACGGCACUACCUACCACGUGAUGAGCUACCUGGAGAACCGGUCGGAGCAGGAGGUGACCCAUUGUUUGGUGUCAGGGUGGUUUCGCUUUUUCGGCUACCCAGAUGAGAUGUUGCUGGAUGCCGAGGGUGCCAUGAAAGGAUGGAACUUCGAGCAGAUGGCUGCGCAGGCGGGAGUCCGAGUACGCUUCGUUUCAUCAGACGCCCAUUAUCAACUUGGCAAGCGGAACGCCACGGAGAUGGAGCAGAUCGCCAAUCUGGCGACCUUUGCAAAGAACACAUUGGCUCGCAAGUCGGGCGCAUCGCCAUGCCAGUGGGUCUUCGGCAGGGCACCUCGAGUUCUAGGAGCUCUACUCUCAGAGCCGGAGGCCAUCGAGGCCAAGCAGGCGAGCCAUGUGGAGAAGGAGCAGACCAUGGAGAGGAACUCUGCGGAUGGCGAGGGCUCGGUUGAAGGAUAUCGCCAAGGUCUUGUGAUCGGCAUCGACCCAGGAUUGUGCAGGUUUCCCGUGAACAAGUACGCGGCAUCGAAGGCGAGGAGGAUCUCAGCAGGAAGCAUGCCAACGCCUUCGAUCAACGUGGAGAUGGACCAGCAGCUCUACAAGAUCGUGUGGCACUUGACGCUGCUGGACAGCCGGUACUACCACCGCUUUCACAACAGCCAGAACUUCCAGCUUCUGAGGAAUCAGGGCCACCAGCACUGCAAGCGCUUGAGAACCUUCCAGCACUGCCAGCGCAACAGGACACCAGCUGGCCAGUACCACCCCGAGAAGUACAAGUACGCACCAGCUGGGCACGCUUUGGUGGCACUUGUGGACAAGUUGGUCAUGACCUUCAGCCCCGAGAUCGGCAAAGGCAGGCGACCAUCCAUCGAGACCUACCGCGGCACGAGCACCAAGCGCACCGCGAUCCAAAUCGACCUGGUUCAUCAGCUGAACCCCCACAACCAGUUGCAGCAGACGCCCAACUUUCAGAACUACCACCUGUACCAGAUUCUGAUAUGGACCCCAAGUACGUGCAGAACUGGUUUGAUGAAGCAGCAGAACAACAUGCUCUCCAACAAGCCGGCGAGGUCUACGACAAGCGCUACAAGCAAUGGGCUAGUCCAACUAUGCAGUCAGAUCACGGAGUCCAUGAUGCUGCCGGACAACAACGACUUGGACGACCUUCACGACCAAGAGGCCUAUGUCCUUGAAGUCGGCCAGGUGCACCAGGACUACCCCAUCAACUACCAGUACCACAAGCAGGUCUUCAGCGUGGCGACCAAGGAUGCAGAGGGCAACUGGCAGUGGGAAAAGAUCUUCGACGGCAUCAACGUGUCCCCGGACACCGCGGACAUGCUCUUCGGCAACAACAACGACAACUACACCGACGACAUUGAGGACAACAAGGUCGACUCCAAGAAGGUGAUCAUCGAACAUCAGCUCAAGCGGCAACCUCAGCAUGUACGUCAUCAUCUUCUACGGCAACCUGGAGAUCGACGAGUUCGGCACUGGCUACAUCGACAUGGUCGUCAUUGUGUUCACCUCACAGGUUCGGAUGGUAACCCACCAGAGCUGCCGACCUACUUCCAGCACAACAACUUCGCCCAGGCGUACCACACCAUGGUGAACAACUUGGCAAUCACUGACGGCACCCACGAGGACAACAUCGUGAUGGACGACGUCUUCUACCACAAGCAGUGCGGCAAGCCAAGUUGGUGCGAAGUUAAGCCGAGUACUUCCCCCACGGUGGCAUCCGUCUUCAAUGUCAGUAGCAUCGAGAAUCAGGAGGUCAUCACCGGCCCCGAGUCUUCUGACGACGAGGAUGGCGGUGAAGGUGAAACAAGCAGCAGGGCAGCCAAACAGGCCCUGAAGCGAGAGACCCCCUGGAGAGCCAUUCCAGAGAAAGACAUCAAGGGCUUUGUGCAGGCCGUGGUCGGAAUGGAAGAAGUGGUCAAGUUGCAGGGCGAGCCAGACACGGAGAGGCCAGUGUGCAUCUACAUGAAGCCACCAGCUGAUCCUGUGAGCAGACAAGCUGUUCCUGAAUGGCGAGACCCUGACUUGGUGUAUCAGUUGACUGCUCCGGUGUAUGGUCAGGCAAAUGCACCAAGACGUUGGUAUUUGCAUGUUUUGCGAAUUUUGACAGAGCUUCAGUGGGAACGUCACAGCCUUGAUCCUUGUUGUUUUUUGCAGCGCCGUGACGGUGCAGUGGUCAGCAUCUUGGGCGUGCAUGUGGACGACAUUAUUUGCGCAUGUCUUCCUGGUUGGGACGAACUGCUGGAGCGGGUUCGCAAGAGCUUCAAGUGGGGCAGUGAGUGUGAAAAGGAUGAUUUCAUCUUUGUGGGCCGGCGCAUUGCAAGACAAGCCGACAACGGCUACACGAUCGACCAGGUCCACUAUGUUGCGGACAUCAUCUUGACGAAGAUCAAGAUGGACCCCAGCGAGAAGUUGUCAGAUCAUCCUGAGCUGAUCACAGAGUUCAGGUCUGGCAUUGGAUCCUUGCAGUGGAUGGCAGGGACAACACGUGGUGACUUGGCGGCGGACACAUCAUUGCUGCAGAAGUCGCCGCAGGAGCUCACAGUGCAAGACUUGCUGUCCGUGAACAAGGUUCUGAAGUAUGUGAAGGCCACGGCGAACACCUUCAUCAAGGUGAACCCCAUCCCCGUGGAGGAGUUGGUCUUCGUUGCCUACGGUGACUCUGGCUGGGCAAACGCUCCUGGCAACAAGAGUCAAGGUGGUCUGGCCAUUUUGGCCACAGACAAGCGGGCUCUGCAUGAGACCAGGGCGGCUUCGCUUUUGGAGUGGAAGAGCUACAGACAUCAACGGGUUCUUCGCUCUACCCUGGCGGCAGAGGCGGCAUCACUUGACAGGGCACAUGAUGUUGGCAUGUACAUGGCUUGCAGCUUCAGUGAGAUGACCGAUGCCAACUACAAGGCAGCGGAGAAGGGCAUCCCCAUCUACGAGGUGAUCCCUGUGACAGAUGCUCGGUCGCAUGCAAUCCACAGGUUGAGCACGAGCUUCCGGGAGAAGCGGGUGGAGAUUGACGUGGCGAGCUUGCGAGAAAGCUGCAGGAACUUGAGGUGGGUGCCGACAGAAAAGCAACAUGCAGACGCUUUGACCAAGAGCUGCCCGAAGCUCCGUGACGCCUUCAGGCAGUGGAUGAUGGCCCCCACCGUGACACUUGUCGACAGCAAGUCCCCAGAAGACCCUGAGCCAGGCAAUGAGAAAUGGCGGAAGGAGUUGGCGGAGGCUCAGGGCUCCGUCUUCGAGGGCUUGCCUAGUGCCUCUGCAGCGGAUGUCGCCUGGGACCAGCAUCAUGCGUCGCAGUUCACCCCUCGUGGGCAGAACCGCAUGCCCGAUGUAGGCCGGCUUGCCGCAGCGCAGGUCAGUCUCGCUCUUCGCGAAAGGGAAGCUGGCAGAGACGAGGAGUCCACAGGGACCAUCACCCCUCCAGAGGAGAAGCCGCCGCCCGGCAAGGCCGCAGAGGGCGCGCGCGCGGGACCGCGCUGCGCGGCCAUGGAGCCCACUGAAGCGGUGAACACCAGCAGCAUGGAGAAGACCUUGAGCGUCCCCAGCCGGAUGCCCUCCAUCACGGUGCCCACUUCGCACCUCACGGCAGCGUCUUCGCCGGUGGACAUCCCGCUUCCCACACAGAUGCCGACGACUCCCCCGCCCCCAGCGGCGGAGGAAGAGAUGAUCGUCCCACGGAGCUCGGCAGGUCUGCCAUCCUCGGCGGCGCCGGCAUCUCCCUCUGAUGGUCUGCCAUCUCCCUUUGUGCCCUCGCCUGACCUCGAGGUCGAGCCACCCGACGAGCCUGAGGACGCACUGGGGAAGCUGCUUGAGGGCGGGCUCUUCAGCAACACGAAGCUUCAGAAGUGGCAGGCCAACCCUGCACCAGCUCAGCCGUCGAUCUUCUGCAAGCCCGCUGUGAACCGCUGCGAUUUGGAGCAGCGGGUUGCGCGUUUGGGCGUGGGCGGCUUUGGCCUGGUCACCUUGGAGGCCGACCGGGCUGGCAACCUUUACGCCCUUAAGGCCGUUAGCAAAGGCCUCCUGGCUGCUUGCCAGCUGGAGGGCCAAGCGCUCCGGGAAAAGAGGGUGAUGAAAAUGCUUCGCACACCCUUCGUGGUGCGCCUCAUCGGCACUUUCAAUAUGCAAGAGCACGUGGGCUACUUGCUAGAGGCCUGCUUGGGUGGCGAGCUCUUUGCGACCUACGAGCGGCUAAAGCUGUACGGCAACGAGGUGUGCGCACGCUUCUACUUGGCGUGCGCCACCGAGGCAUUGGACCACAUGCACGGCAUGAACAUCCUUUACCGGGACCUGAAAAUGGAGAACCUGUUGCUGGACAGCAAAGGCUACUGCAAGGUGGCGGACUUCGGCGUGGCGAAAUGCAGCAGCGGCCGCACGUUCACAGUGGCGGGCACACCGGUCUACAUGGCCCCGGAGGUCUUUGGCGGCCAGACCGGCUACACCAAGCUGUGCGACUGGUGGUCUCUCGGCGUGCUGCUCUUCGAGUUGCUUUCAGGAGUGACUCCCUUUGACAAUGGCGAAGGCUGCCUCCACGAGACCGAACGACUGGUCAAGCAAGGAGUCUCCGACUUUCCUGCUAUGUCAGCCGAGGCACAGAACUGCAUUAGCCAGCUUUGCCGGCAGGUUCCGGAGGAUCGACUCCGGGUCCCGGAGCUGCGUCGGCACGGCUUCUUCCAGCUCCAGCAGUUCGACUGGCAAGGACUGAAGGAGUUGCGGAUCGAGCCGCCCUUCGUGCCACAGGCCAUGGAUGGCCUUGCGAACUUCCGGCGCUGCGAUGAGGAACCGGACGCCAUGCCAUACCAGGUGACAAAUGCCGCCUUGGAGAUGGGCUUUGAAUUUUUUGAGUGGGACGUCGAUGUCGAUCCCUGCGACUUGGCAGCCUUUUUCAUAGAGUCGUUAAGAGGGGGGGCAACAAGCAUUACUGCAAGUUCAUGGCAGCUUUAGCAAGGGCAGUUUGUGGGCAGCUGUUCAGCUGGCUCAGCAAUCAUGUGACCGCCAACUUCUCCCU